UCAGACAACCUUUCCAAUUUCCAUGGCCAACGCCACCGCUACAACCACCACCACCACCGGUGGUGCCGCCACAAAACGGCAUAGACAAACGCAUCAGCCCGUCCAGCAGCACCAGCCACUGCUACCAGGCCUGCCUGAUCACCUCGCACAGCUCUGCCUCUCACUUGUACCCCCUUCUCUUCUCUACUCCGUCUGCCACUCGUGGCGCCGCCUCAUCUACUCUCCUUCCUUCCCUCCUUUCCUUUCUCUUUACACCCUCUUCUAUUCCUCCUCCACUACCGCCGCCACCACCACCACCACCACAACAACCUCAUUCCUUCGGAACCAAUCUCAUCAACCAAAUCAGUUGCAACCCAAUCCAAUCGAAUUCUUAUCAUUUGAUCCCAUCUCCUCCAAAUGGAAUCGGCUUCCUCCUCCUCCAUCAGACUCCAACCACGGUCCCCUCCUCCUCCGUCACCCAUCUUUCCUAUCACGCAACCUCCCCAUCCAAUCGGUAUCCGUUUCCAACCAUGUAGUCCUCUUAGCUGGCACCAACCCCAACCUCCUCCCAGCCCUCUCCCACCCUCACAUCUUCCACCCAAACUCAAACCAAUGGCGAAUCGGCCCACCAUUCUCCACCCCACGCCGGUGGUGCGCCGCUGGAGCCACCAACGGAAAACUUUAUAUGGUCAGUGGUGUUGGAUCUCAUUAUAGUCCGGACGUGGCAAGGUCUGCCCAGCGAUGCGAUUUGAGAAACGAAGAGUGGGUUUGGGAGAAGGUAGCGGCAUUCAAAGAUGGAAGGUUCAGUAGGGAUGCAGUAGAAGCAGUUGGGUGGAGAGGUAAACUUUGUAUGGUGAAUCUCAAGGGUAAUGCUCCUAAAGAAGGGGCUAUUUAUGAUGUCGAGAAUGACCAGUGGGAAGGGAUGCCGGAAGGAAUGCUUAUAGGAUGGAAUGGCCCGGCGACGGCUAUGGAAGAGGAAGUGAUAUAUGUUGUUGAUGAAGAUAGAGGGAUGUUGAGGAAGUAUAACCCUGAAAGAGAUUGCUGGGAGGAGGUAAUCCAAUCUACCCAUCUCAAAGGAGCGGCACAAAUUGCAGCUGCCAGUGGGAAGAUCUGUGCCGUUCAUGCAGGUGGCGUUGGUAUCAUAGUAGUGGACAUGUUAAUCACACCGCCGAGAAUAUUGACUAUAGAAACUCCGCCAUUGUUGCAUGCACUCUCCGUCCAUAUUUUGCCAAGGACAACUUUGCCGGAGCUAGAGCCGGGAUGCUGCUGAGA